AAGAAAAAAGAAACAGGAAAAAGAAAAUAACUUUUUUUGUAAAUGUCCAAACGAGAUUCCCGCCGACAAUAUCCUUUGCUGUCUGAUACCACACCUCUCUUACAAGAGACAGGUGUACAGGCCUACAAUGGUACAACACCCACUACGCCGGGUGCUGUGCGUGCCAAACCUAAGCAACCUAAUCGUACAACGAAAAUAUCACAAAAAUUGAAAUUGUUUCCGGAUGACGACGACCAAGUGCUGAUGCCAGACGACAUUGAUGCCGAUGUAUAUACACAGCUUGCACAAAUCCCCCAUGGGUCAGCACGAAUUGAAGCUGAACGUCUUAGCAAGAUUAAUCGUGAUGAACUCUCUCGCGUCACAGCCUACUGCACUGCAUCAGCCUAUCGUAUGGACGAGUUGACAAAGUAUCUCCAAACCAAAAAGCGCUUAAAUGGAGCCGCCCCGAAACGUUUUGAUGAAUGUGUGUAUACGCCCUAUGCCUUAAAAUUCCCUAUUUCGCCUCCCAAAGAAAACGCUCCGAAUGAUGUAACUUCUGCAGCGCAUGGCCUUCCCGAAAUGUUCCUAUUCGAUUACGGCGUAGUGGUUUUUUGGGGAAUGACAUUACAAGAAGAGCAAAGAGUAUUGAAGGAGUUGGAACCCUUUGAAGAUGAAAAGUUGGAAAGUGACGAUGUAGAAACUGAAGCGUUUAAUUAUCAUUACAACGAAUAUUAUCAGCCACGCAUCUAUAAUGACAUUAUUACUCUUCGCCAUCCUUCCAACUAUCUGGUCAAGCUUACUAUCGCCCACGCGAUUGCCCAAAGUGUCAAAAUGACGCUCUUUGAGCGUCUGAUUGAUGAUACGAUUAACGAAACAAAGUACAUUCCUCAAGUUAUGGCUGAAAGUGGAACCAUUCAAAUGUCAAGAACGGCCAUUACCAAGAAGAUUGGCCAACUUUUCAUUAUGCGCAUCAACGUAAAUUUAGUGUCUAAUAUUCUCGAUACACCCGAGAUUUUCUGGUCUGAACCUGCCCUUGAGCCUCUUUACAGCGCCAUCCGAAGUUAUCUCGAGAUUUCCCAGCGCGUAGAGCUGCUGAAUCAGCGCGUAGAAGUAAUUAGUGAUCUUUUGGAGAUGCUGAAGGACCAUUUAAAUAGUUCGCAUGGAGAACAUCUCGAGUGGAUUGUUAUUUGGUUGAUUGCGAUGGAAAUUCUUGUAGCUGUUAUUACCACCUCCCUGGAUGCCUUUAGUUUGUCUCACAAGUAG